UAAAAAGAAGAAGGAAGAGACGAUUCGCUGUAAGUUUUUAAAAUUCUGACAGAUGAGGUGUGAAUGAGCUGGAACGAUAAUUCGUCAGCAGAGUCCGACAGGGCCUCGGAAACCAAACCACUAAUGGAUGGGUGUGUGGACUCAACUCGGAGGCAUUUGUACGAAGAUAUCAGAUCGAAUGACACAACAGCAACUGAAACUGAACAGGCUGAGGAGAACCAUGACAGACAGAUGAACACUCCCCCAGCACGAGACGGGACCACUGUCCAAAGGCGGUCAGCACGGUCUAAUGAUGAAGAAGAGGAGGAUACACUACUGUAUGGGGCCAAACAUGUCAUUAUGCUGUUUGUACCUGUGACGCUCUGUAUGGCAGUAGUUGUAGCUACCAUCAGUUCCAUUACGUUCUACACAGAUAAAGGAGGUUACCUAGUGUAUACACCGUUCCAUGAUGGAGACAAAGCUGAUGCUGACACUGGAACCAAAGUCUGGCAGUCUGUGGCCAACGCUCUCAUUCUACUGGGCGUUAUAUGUGUUAUGACAAUUGUACUCCUCUUGCUGUACAAAUUCAGGUGUUAUAAGGUAAUCCAUGGCUGGCUGAUUACAUCAUCACUAAUGCUUCUAUUUUUAUUUUCCUACAUUUAUCUGGGGGUGGUGCUACAGGCCUAUAAUGUUGCAAUGGAUUACAUCACUGUGGCUCUAUUGAUGUGGAAUUUUGGGGUCGUAGGCAUGAUUUGUAUCCACUGGAAGGGACCCUUAUUUUUACAGCAGGCCUAUCUCAUUGUCAUCUCCGCACUGAUGGCCCUUAUCUUCAUUAAAUAUCUACCAGACUGGACCACUUGGGUGGUGCUAGGUGUCAUGGUUGUGUGGGAUUUAGUAGCAGUGCUUUGUCCAAAGGGUCCUCUGAGAAUUUUAGUAGAAACAGCACAAGAGAGGAACGAACCAAUAUUCCCUGCACUUAUUUAUUCCUCCACUGUGGUUUGGUCUGUUGUUGGAAUGGCUAAGGAUGGAUCUGACAAAAAGAAAAACAAGAAAAAGAAAUCCAAAAAUCAAGCACCAGCAGCCACAGCUGCUCCCGAUCAUUCCGAGGAGGAAGAUGAUGGCGGAUUUUCAGAGGAAAGACCUCCCAGACAUUUGUCUCAGAGCUCUGAAGAAACUGCCAGGGCAGUACGGGCUGCUAGAACUUUAGGAGAUUCAGAAAAUGGUCAGCGACGAAGUACAGAGAGAAAUCAGGCUACAGAGGAGGAAGAGGAGGAAGAAAGAGGAGUGAAGUUGGGGCUGGGUGACUUUAUAUUUUAUGGUGUACUUGUUGGCAAGGCUUCCUCCAAUGGAGAUUGGAACACCACCCUUGCCUGUUUUGUAGCCAUUCUUAUUGGGCUGUGUUUCACGCUUCUGCUGCUUGCUAUUUUUAGAAAGGCGUUGCCAGCUUUACCCAUCUCCAUUACGUUUGGACUUAUUUUUAAUUUUACCACUAGUCUUCUGGUGCAGCCAUUUGCUGACCGAUUGUCUGCAUCACAGGUGUACAUCUAAUAUCAGUGGUCAGUGGCCACACAGAGGGGCAACAAUAACUAUGUCAUAAACUCUGUUCUGUCAUAAAUAUCAUCCCUUUUAUAAUAUUAUCAAUAUAAAUACUUUAUUUUUGGUGUUAUAUAUGUAUAUAUAUUGAACAAGGUAUCAUUAAGUUUAAAUACUCUUGAGAGAUGCUUGUACUGUUUUCAUCUAUUGAAUUACAUGAAUUGCUCUCAAAGCAAAACACUCUUAUUUUAAGAUUUAGCUAUAGGUUUAAGUGCAAGCAGUACUUACAUGUACAAACGUUGAAGUACGAAAUUUAAAUUAUAUGAUGAGAAAUAAAUAUUGAGUUCGUGAUGAUCAAUAUCAGUUUGCCACAUUGAAUUUUUAGAGUAUUGGUAUUAUUUUUUUUUAUUUGAACAGAUCAAUUGUGCAUUCAAAUUAAUGUCUUUGUUUUUGAUUUCGUCAGUAAAUCGACAAAUUCCA